CUUUCAUUUCUGAAAAUCCAUCAAUCCAAGAUGCUUAGGAGGAGCGCUACUCCAGAUAUGGACCUUCCACAAAAAGCCCUCCAGAUUAAGCAUGAUGACAAGUUUUUUUCCAGGCUUCUGUCCAGGGAAAGCUCCAUGGCUAACCCUUCUUUUAGAGUGUAUUAUGGUGGGGUAUCUGUUGGCGUUCCAUUUGUGUGGGAGUCUCAGCCUGGCACCCCCAAGUACACAUUUUGUGAAAAUACACUCCCUCCUCUAACUCCACCUCCCUCUUACUAUAGAAAUUCUGAUAAAAAGACCAUCAAGAAACACUCAAGAUCCAGUCUUUUACAAUUGUUAUUUUCAAGGAACAAUCCCAAGAAAAACAACGUGUCCACUUCUGCAACAAAUUUGUCACCGACCCCGUCUUCUGCAUCAUGGUCAUCUUUGAAUUCAUCAAGUCUUCUGACUCCAAGAAAGUACCAUGAGAGGAGAAGGUAUUCUAGCCGUGGAUCGUCAUUUGAUUCGAGGGUUUUUGAAGAUGUUGAAGAAUCACACAUGGGAUCACCUACUUCAACUUUGUGCUUUGGCAUUAGCGGGAGAAAUGCCAGUACCGGUGGGCUUCGAGGAUGCUAUGGUGUGUGGUAGCCAAUUCUUGGUCCUCGUUGUUGUUCGAUCUGGCCUAGAAACUGUCUAGAGAUUCUCAACAUGUUUAUGCUAAUGUGUGUGUUUUUAAUCUUCGGUGGUCUUAAUUUUUCUGUGAUUGUGUGACUUGAACAGCCAUGAUUAAUGAAAUGUAUUUUGAAUGUUGUUGAAAACAUAGCUUGUUUAUUUUGCUA